UUUCUCUCUAUAAAUAUAAUAAAAAUAAAUUACUUAUAAUAACGAUGAUCAACAUCAACAAACAUAAUUUCCAAAAAAUGUAUCCGACAAUAAAGACUUCUUUAGAAAACGCAGAUGUUAUUGCUAUCAAUGCAGAAUUUAGUGGAUUAGAAACUGAUGAAUCUUCAAAGCCAAGUCUUUUUGAUACCAUUGAAGAACGCUAUGAAAAGUUAAGAAAAAGUAGUGAAAAAUUUAUAAUUAUUCAAUUUGGUAUUACUUGCAUCGAACAAUUACCUUAUCAGAAUAAAUAUAAAACUAAAAUGUUCAAAUUUUUCCUUUUUCCUUCAUCUAUACCAAUAAAAAAUAGACAAUUCUUGUGGCAAGUUGCAGCAAUAGAGUUUUUAUCUUUAAAUGACUUCAAUUUUAACAAGAUGGCUUAUGAUGGUAUCUCAUACCUUAAUGAAGUUGAAGAAUUAAAAUUUAAACAAUAUUUAAAAGAUGAUAAUAUGAUCAGAAAUAUUGAUCAUAUGUCCUACAAAGAGACAGAUGAAAUUAAAAGGGCUAUUGAUAAUGUAGCUAACUGGUUAGAAUUUUCUGAUAAUCCAGAUGAGGAUCCAGAAUAUAUUAUUUUGAAAAUUUCUGUAAGUUCUGUUAAUUUGCAAUACCUUCUGCAGAAAAUAUUACGAAGUCGUUUUUCAAGAAUCUGGACCACAUGUAAUAACGAAGAGAUAACAGUAAUUAAGGUAUCAUUAGAGAUACGAAGAAUGUUAGAAACAGAAGAAGGAGAUAUAUUAAACAAGGCCUUGUUGGAUUCAUAUAUAGGGUUUUCAAAAGUAUUUAAGCUCUUGGUCGAGUUAAAGAAACCUAUUGUUGGACAUAAUAUUUUACUUGAUCUGAUAUAUAUGUUCAAAUUAUUUUAUAAACCUUUACCGAAGAGAUAUAAUGACUUUAAGGUUGAAACGCAUCGUUUAUUUCCAAUUAUUUAUGAUACCAAAUAUUUAAGUUAUCAACUGAGAGAUGAAAUUUCAUUUCCACCAGGUUCUCCAUAUACGCUUGAUGCUCUUUAUAAAUUCUUUUCUGAAGAAAGAAGGAGAUUUAUAGUAAAUUCUCCAAAUAUAAAUAAAAGUAUUAAACUAAGAGUUCCUCAUGAUUCUUCAGGAAAUUCAUAUUUUACUGGAUAUAUAUUUAUUAAGAUGAUAUAUAUUAUCGCUAUAAAGAAGUAUGGAAAGGGUUUAGAAUAUAGAUCUGUAUCCAACGCAGAAAUAAUGAAUAGUCUACAAGAGUACUUAAAUUGCAUAAACUUAUCACGUGCUUCCACUUUUUAUUUGAGACUUGAUGGCAAAGAUCCAAAAUCAGAAAGACCACAGUGGCUGUUUGUAAAAGCAUCUGUGAAUUAUGAUAUAGAUCAGAUUAUCCAGAAAUUAUCCGCUUUUGGAACUGUUGAUGUAAGAUCUUUCAUACAAGGUUGUGCUUUGGUAGCUGUUGCAAAUCAUAGGAGCGCACGUAAUAUUGUAAAUCACUUUUAUAACCACAAAGAUAUAUACGUUGUUCCUUACAAUCCCAUAAAACAUUCUUUAUCGGUGAAAUAUCUUCUUACUGUCAGUGCGAUUCUAUCUGGUGGAGUGAUGGCUUGGGUAUUUCAUCAUUCUAUAUUAAAAUAGGCAUAUAUAUAUAUAUGUGUGUGUAUGUAUAUAUAAUCAUAUAAUUGGUGUAAUUAAACUCAUCAGUGAGUAAUAAAACAUAUAUAUCAAAUUUCA